UAACAGAUAAACAAGUUAAAUAAAUUUCAAAUAUCUUGAAAUUGCUGUAGAGUUUUUUGAUGUAUUAUUACUAGAUUGAAAAAUAAUUUCUGUUCUGUAUCGUUCUGUUAUUUUUGUUCACAUUUUUCAAACCUAUCCGUCAACAUUGAAAACUUAGUGCUUAUACCGUAUCUGUUGUUUUGGUUGACUGUGUUUUCUAGUUUUGAUCAUUUGAGUAAAGAUUUUACUCUUGCAUCUGAUAGGAAAAUGUCUGUGAAGGUGAUUGAUGGCAGUGUUUUAGAAGGUGGUGGCCAAAUUUUAAGAUUGUCUGUGGCAUUUUCAUGUCUUUUGGAGCAACCUAUACUAAUUAACAAAAUAAGAGCAGGCCGAUCUAAUCCUGGUUUGAAACCUCAACAUUUGGCUGGAAUUCAAUUAGUUAAGCAGAUGUGCAAUGCGAUUACAAAUGGAGACCGGCAAAACUCUUGUGAAUUGACAUUCCAACCAAAAACACUAAAAUUGGGAAAUUUCAAUUUGAAUGUCAAUUCCCAAACUGCAGCGAGUAUUCCUUUGAUGAUACAGUCUGCUUUGCCUGUAGCAAUAUUUAGUAACCAUAAUUCCAGCAUAACUAUGAAAGGAGGAACUGAUGUCAGCUUUGCCCCUUCAAUGGAUUAUGUCAAAAAAGUUUUAUUUCCUAUUUACAAGCUAUUUGGUGUUCAUUGUGAAGCACUUAUACACAAACGUGGAUUUUACCCCAAAGGACGUGGAGAAGUAGUAUUGACAGUAAAUCCUGUUACUGAAUAUUUAAAGCCUAUUGAAAUUAUUAACUUUGGAGGUCAACCGGCUAUUAAAGGAUUUGUAUUUAUAUCUGGACCAAAACAUCAAAAUAACAAACAUAACCAAAUAGUUCAAGAUAUAGCAACAGCUGUCAAAAACAAAUUAAACCUGUCCGGCUAUCAUAAAAUUACAAUUGAAACUGAAGUUGGAGAUUCAGAUGGUUCUGGUGGAAGUUUAGUGCUGGUUGCCGAUACUGGAAACUGCUUGAUUGGUUCAUCUGCACUUUAUGAUAUGAGAAAAUCAACUAUAAACAGUCUCACUGAUGAAGCUUGUGACAAACUUUUAUUAGAUUUGGAAGUAAAAUCUUGUAUUGACCCUAAUGCUUUGGACAAUCUCAUUAUUUUUAUGGCACUUGCAAAUGGAAAAUCAAAAGUGAAAUGCAGAGAAAUCACCCUGCACACUAAAACUGCAAUUUAUAUUGCUGAGCAAUUUACUGAUGCUAAAUUUAGUAUUAAACAAAUGGAAGAUGGUUUAAAUGAAAUCAUCUGUGAAGGCAUUGGAUUAAAAACGGUCUAGUUCUUAAAUUCAUGAGAAUAUUAUUAAAUUGAAUUUCAAAUAUACAAAAUCUUCUAGAAUACUUUUAUAAUUAAAUACUAAAUACAAAUAAAUAAUAUUUAAAAUCA